AUGCCCUUCACUAUUGAGCAGAGUGAUGUGGGCAACAUCGGAGGUGACUGCUCACGUCGCAAUCGUCCCUCAGCCGACCAUCAAUCAGGUGGCUCCAACUCCUUUCUUCCCACCCAUGAUGCAGACCACGAUAAUGUAGCAUCUGAGGUGACUGUUCACAUCGCAAUCGUCCCUCAAGCGACCAUCAACCAGGUGGAUGAAGAAGCUUCCUUGCCUUCCAACAACACAGAUGAUACAGACCACGAUGAUGUAGCAUUCGAGGCCGAUCCUUUUAUACGAGAACGCCCAAGCUUCCCGGAGCUGUUCUUCCGAGUCAUCUUUGAAAUUGACCGAUUUCGGGAGACAUUCCUUCCAUCGCUCUCACCACGGGAAAGGGCAACAUUCAGUCUCAUAUGCAGAAACAUCCGCGAGUGGGUUGAAGACCACACAAUCGUUUACCGCUCAAAAGACCAACCCCUUUACCGACAAAAACAUUUCAUGGAUGGUAACACAUUGAAAGGACGGUUGAAACCACAUAAACCAACAAAGGAUGACCCAUCCCCCGUGGCUUUCACGUGGGAAGGUGGUGGCUUUGAUCCCAAAAACGUUCAAAAUCAGAUCAAAUGCUUUAUUUCCGACCUCAAGGCUAUGCUUAUUCCAUCGCUCGCACCACGGGAAAGGGCAAGAUUUAGUCUGUCAUGCAGAAAGACCCGAGAGUGUGUUGAAGACAACACAAUUGUUUACCCCUCAAAAGACCAAUCCUUAUACCGUCAAACACACUUCAUAGAUGGUAAUACUCUGAAAGGACGGUUGAAACCCAACAAACCAACAAAGAAUGACCCAUCCCCCGGGGUUUUCACGUGGGAAUGUGGUAGCUUUGAUCCUAGAAACGUUCAAGAUCAGAUCAAAUGUUUCAUUUCCGGCGCCAAGGCUAUGCUUCAAUCUUGGAACUCAAUCAGAGCGAUUGAGCUUUACAAGGCCCAUUUCCUACGUCCCAAUUGGAUCCAGGAAGGCACGGGUAAUAACGCUCUGAUACCGUUUGUUGGUUCUUUCGAAAUUCGCUCCGAAAGUGACACAGACUCAGAAACAUCUGAUGAGCGUAAUGCUGAGGCGACGGCAGAAAUUUCCACCAAGGAAUAUCGUGAGCACUGCUAUUCCAAGGUUAUCUCAAUCCCCGAAGGUCAACCACAGAAUGUGAAUAGCCCAGGACACAAGUACCUUUUCUUCAGAUGUGACUACUACUCCGGAAGAUUCACGGGCUACUGCUUUCCAAACACACAUAUACACAGCCAAAAGCAGUACAGAAGAUGCGGGGGUUGUUCAAGAGAAGAUGUUAUGAGAACUCAUCUGAGGCAGUUUGAGGAGACCUACAACGGCGAAGCAAUGACAAUGGUAUCCGAAGCCCUCCACAAUGCCAUUCAGAAGUGGCUCUCCAGUCAAACGUUCAAUUGGAAAGCCAAAUACACCGAGAAAGUCUUCGGUAUUGCCGCGUCUCCAGUGGCCAACAGCAAGACUCAACGAACCACAUACACCUACGAGCAAUCCCCAUCAUUGCGAUUCAUCAUCGGGAAAAUGAGCGGACAGGACCCCCAAGUGGAGCUAGCGAAAAUAUUGCAGGUAAAAACACGAGAGCAGCCUGUCAUCGUAGGGGAAGCGACCAUUGAGCUAUCCGCCCAAGAGGAGUUGGCGAAUCCAAGGCAGGUCAAAACGCGAAAGCAGCCUGCAAUCGUAGGGGGAGCGAUUAUUGAGCUAUCCGGCCCCCCAAACAAGGAGAAACUUCAUCGGGCCGCGGUAACUUUUGAUACGGUCAGUCAACUCCAGUCGGAAGUGGCUUCCCGAGUGCGUCGCCUGAUGCCAUUGCUCUCGACUUUUCCGGCGUCGUCAUCUAUGCCUGCAGCAUCUUCCAGCUCGGCGAACCUGUCUGCAGCAAUGAUUUCCCCGGCGGUGGGGUUUAUGACUGUCGGUGGCUCGACCACGCAUGCUCCGGGCCAUUAUGACGAAAACACACUUAAAACCGUCUCUUAA